AGACAUUGCCCGCACCCGGGGCCUCCGAGGGCCUCCCGGCGCCGGCCAGGCGGCGCCCGCCUGGGGCCCGCCGCAGGGGCAGCCGCAGGCCGCCUACGGCAUGGGCUGGGGCGGCGCGCCGCAGAUGGGCGCGGGCCCGAUGCAGCAGCAGCACUCGGCGAUGGGAGGCAUGGCCCCGAUGGGCAUGGGCCAGGGGCAGCCGCCCAUGCAGCAGCAGUUCAGCCCGCAGGCCCAGAACCAGAGCUGGGGCGCCUUCGCCUCGGCCGCGCCACCAGCAUACGCCGCCGCGCCGCCCGCGGCCACACCCAUGCCCGGCACGUCGAUGCCCGGCAUGUCCAUCCCCGGCAUGACGUUUCCAGGCAUGGCUCCCAGCAAGGCCGCCUCCCCGGACGAGGACCUGAUGUCGAGGGCGAUGGCAGGCGUGGCGAGCAUGUCCUCGGAGCAGCGCAGGGGCGCACAGCAGCAGCAGGGGGC